AUGAUUAAGAACACAAUGCAUGGUUUGGAUGAAAGGAUAGAAGAGAUGGACAUGAAAUACAAGAAAAUAGUUGGUAAUCUGGCUGCAGAUUUGGCUGCCACAACUCUGAAGGUUAAAACAAGAUAUUUCCAUCGAAUUGGUGUUAGUGGGAAGGGAUUCUUGAAAAUUUUUGACAACAUUAAAGGUUUGCCGGAUCACAAGAUCUUCUGUCCUGGAAAGAGCUACCCUGUCAUUGUCCGACAUAGCAAUUGCUUAAGUGCUGAUGAUGAUGCAAGGAUCGAUGCACGCGGUGCAGCAGUGAGAAUUCUUUCAGAUGAGUCGGGUGGUGACUCCCCACUCCUUGACCUGACACUAAAAACAGGCAAGGCAUUUUCUGCCCGCACAAUUGCUGAUUUUGCAACAUGGCUAGUUUGUGGGCUUGCUGCAAGGGAGGAGCAUGUUAAGCGAGUCCCACAUUUGCGUGAUGCGGUCUGGACUUCCCUCCGUCGAACUGACUCGUAUGCUGAGCUGCAUUACCACUCAAAUAUCUGCAGGCUUUUCCGGUUCACAGAUGGACAGGAGAUGUAUGUGAAGUUCAAGCUGCAGCCUUAUGAUGAAACUAUCAGUGAGGAUUCUGGUAAGGUGGAGCCUAUUGGAAUUCUCCCACCUGAAACAGGUGCGAUUCCUAGGGAUGACAAUGACACUCGCCCUUUGCUUUUUCUUGCUGAAGAUUUCCAACGCCGUGUGAGUUCACCUAAUGGGGUUCAUUACAUUUUCCAACUACAAAUCCGGCCAGUUCUAGAUGAUGAGGUCACCCGUGACAUUGCACUUGACUGCACCAAACCAUGGGAUGAGGCCGAGUUCCCAUAUAUCGAUAUUGGGGAGAUUAGUAUUGAUCAAAACCUCUCCAGGGAAGAAUCACAAGGAUUGGAGUUUAAUCCAUUUCUCCGAUGCCACGAGGUGGAUGUCAUCAGGGCUUCAUCAUGCUCCGAGAGUGCUUCAAUUGAUCAUGGUCGUUCAUUGAUAUAUGAGAUUUGCCAGCAUUUACGGAAUGGGAAACCUCUUCCAGAAUCCUGGAAGAUCUUCCUAGAACAAUCUGAUGCCAAAGUAAACCUUUCUGGAUGUCCAAUGGCUGCAGCAUUGGAGAAGAAAGACAUAAAAGGAGUGACUCUUGCUAGGACUUGGAUCAAGAUUGGAGAAGGUGGGUUUGUGGGAAGUAGAGCUGUGGCCAUGCCUGGGGUGAGAGUGGAGGAUGGGGGCAAUCUUAGUGCUCUCUCCCUUGCCAUGAAGGAAGAGAUUGUUAAGUCAAGGUGA